UUUCCCGCCCGUCCCUGAACAGGAGCUUCUCGUGACCCAUUCCAUCAAUUGGAUUCUGUACGCCAAGCAGGAUACCAUGACGAUCAAGGCACUUAAGACGGUGUCUACCGGCCGUAAUGGCCUCGGCGCCUUCAUCCUGCAAUGCAGGAAGAUGGACAUCCACUACUGCGACUGGGCUGGCAGCUCCAAGGGAAUGAAAGGUUUUAUCAAGUCGCAGCUCCCCAAGUUUGCUGCCGCCAACCCUCAGAUCGAGUUCAAUGUCUCCCCCCGUCCUUCGAAGCACCCCAUCAUCGUUGGCCACUACAUCAACGGCCGCGAAAAGGCCAUAUGCGUGCGGAACAUGGAGCCCCUCGAGAUCCUGAAGAAGGCGGAAUUGCUGCGCGACGCCAGCGGAGAGAAGGUCAAGAGGGUGAACAAGCCGGUGACGAGCAUUAACCCUAGUGUCAGGGGCAUCUGGAGUCCUUACCACGGAAAGGGCAUGACUGUAUAAAUACAAGGGGACGCGGGCGCCUUCGAUUUGGGAAACGUGUAAAAUUACGAACAGAGCAAGGCGUGUAUAGGAGAAGACGGCAUCUUGGAUGCUUGUAUCAUACGAACAACUAGCAGGAUGGGAAGAGGAUCCCCUCCAAAAAGCGCUCGAAUUAAAAUCUCAACAUUCA